UUCCUGGCAACAAGAGGAGGACCAGGCAAAUGGCCUGGAGUGACCAGCACGUGCUCCCACCAGGGCAAGGGAGGGGCCCUCGGGGAAGGGCCCAAACCCAGAGGAGAGUGGCCAGCACGGAAAGACAUGGCAGGAGGGCAGGCCAUGGCGCUGACGCAGGGCCUCUGGCUGCAGUGGGCAUUCCCUGGGGGCCCCCACGACGAAGCAGGAGCACACGGGAGCCCCCAGGGACCCCAGAAAGCAGACAGACCUGGCACAGCAGUAAGCUGCCCUGGAUUAGGUGGACUGCCUGCCCCGAAGGAUAGCAGGGACCCUGCCAGAGGUGGAACAUCGUCACAGGAUGAUGCCAUUGGGCCGAGGACACUGGGACCUCAGGCCUGGCCUGCCCUCCACCUCACCCCUGCCACAGCGGCCAGGGUCAACCCCGAACAAGGAGCUGAGCAAAAGAGGGGACGACAGUCGUCGGUCACGCUGGGGCCGUUCAGAAAACCCUGCUUCCCCCAGCGAUCGCGAGGAUGUCUGCCGCAUCCCCUGCAGGCGCACCCUCCUCGGACACGGCAGCCGCACUGGCCUGGAGCCCUGCACAGAGGACGCGUCUCCUCACUGUGA